AUGGACAACUAAAUGCCAAUUAUUAGAAAAAAGAGUAACAUAAAUGAUAAGGGACAAGAAAAGAACAGUAACAUUCCUCCAAUGAUCAAUUGCGAUAAAUUGAUUACUAAUUUAUCGAAGAUUACAUUGAUGGAUAUAUUAGAUUAAUUUGCAAAGGAUUCGGAGAGCAAGAGUCUAAUAGAGAUUUUGAGAUCAAUCUUUGAGAUUGCAGAUAAGUCUCAAAGGGUUUAAGAAAAACCUUAGGCUGAUUUGUGGAGUAUUAAUAAUUACAAAGAUAACUAAAAAUUCGAGUUUAAUGAUGAAUAAAAUAAAUUUAAUAGGAAAUAUGGUUCUGAUAAUUAGAAUACUAAGUAGAAGGAUUAUAGAAAUAGAGACAAUGAUAAAAAUUAUCAGAACGAGAAGUUUGAUAGAUAUGAUCGAUAAGAUAAGCAUGAUCGAAAUGAUCGAAACGAGCGAAAUGACCGAAGAUAAAAAUACGAUAAUCAUGAGAGAAAUGAUAGGCAUGAUCAAUAAAAUAAGCAUGAGAAAUAUCAGAAAUAGGACAAGAAGGAUAAUUACGAUAAGCGGGAUAACUAGGAUAAGCAAUUUCACGACAAUAAGGGAAGGAGGGAUUAUCAUGGGAAUGACAACUAGAAUUAAACGCAGGAGAUCAGAAGUGAUUGGAUUGUAAAGGUACCAGACAGUAUUGCAUAUGGUCAAUAAUAAUGGGGAGUAGACAAUUUCAAUUAGAGUAAGUUGUAGUUGUCUACGGCUACUCCUAAAUGA